GUCCGCCGCCCUGCCCUCAGCCAACCUCUGGGUCGCAAAGGAGGAAGGGUGCGGGCUUCGCUCUGCGUCCUGGCCCCACGACCUGGGCAGCUUACCCAGUACAAAAAGGCCCGCCCCUUCCCUCCCCGCCGCAGCCCCGCACGUGCUGCGCCUCGUGCACCAACCCGGGCCCCGCCCCCGCCCUCCAUUGGCUGCUCCGCGCCUUCCCCUCUUCCCUCUCCCCACGCGACUAGACUCGGCUGGGGCUCCACGUGACGCGCAGAGGGCGGGCCAUGCGGCGCGAACGGGCUUUCUGAUAGGCUCUUCGCGCCGGCCCGGCCGCUCCCAGCCCCGCCUCCCUUCGGUGGCGCGUCCAGAAGGUGACGAGAUUGGGAUGAGAGGGAAGGGAGAGCGGUUACGGUGGUCUGGGAGGAGAGCGGGGGUUAUGAAGAGGAAGGCGAAGGUGAAACGUCUGGUAGAGGGGAAGGAGCUGCCGCCGAAGAGGGCCUAUGACACUGACUCCAGCAGGCGCCAAUCAGAUAAGGAAAAGGGGAAGGAAAAACUGGAGGAAGACGAGGCUGCGGCAGCCAGCACCAUGGCCGUUUCAGCCUCCCUCAUGCCGCCCAUCUGGGACAAGACCAUCCCAUAUGAUGGCGAGUCUUUCCACCUGGAGUACAUGGACCUGGACGAGUUCCUGCUGGAGAAUGGCAUCCCCGCCAGCCCCACGCACCUGGCCCAGAACCUGCUGCUGCCUGUGGCAGAGCUAGAAGGGAAGGAGUCGGCCAGCUCUUCCACAGCGUCCCCACCGUCCUCCUCCACCGCCGUCUUUCAGCCCUCUGAAACCGUGUCCAGCACAGAAUCCUCCAUGGAAAAGGAGAGGGAGACACCCAGUCCCAUCGACCCCAACUGCGUGGAGGUGGAUGUGAACUUCAAUCCCGACCCCGCUGACCUGGUCCUCUCCAGCGUGCCGGGCGGGGAGCUCUUCAACCCUCGGAAGCACAAGUUUGCAGAGGAGGAUCUGAAGCCCCAACCCAUGAUCAAAAAGGCCAAGAAGGUCUUUGUCCCCGAUGAGCAGAAGGACGAAAAGUACUGGACGAGACGCAAGAAGAACAAUGUAGCAGCCAAACGGUCCCGGGAUGCGCGGCGCCUGAAGGAGAACCAGAUCACCAUCCGGGCGGCCUUCCUGGAGAAGGAGAACACGGCCCUGCGGACGGAGGUGGCUGAGCUGCGCAAGGAGGUGGGCAAGUGCAAGAGCAUCGUGUCCAAGUACGAGACCAAGUAUGGGCCCUUGUAACCUGUGCCCUCGCCCGACGGCGCUGCCUGCACCUCAGCCCUCUGCCCGGGGGCUCCCUGAAACCCCACACUUGUGUGGAGACUUAUGACUCGUCAUGGGCAAAUGGCGGCGCACCUGCACCGGAGUGGUCCCGUUCAAGCUUCAUUGUCACACGGCCAGUGCACGUGGCGACUUCCCUGGGGGGGCCGGCGUCCUCACUGGCGGAGAUGCAAGACAGACGACAUAGACGGUGCGUCAGCCUUAGUUCCUAUUCUCGGAUGUCCCAGUUGAAUCGGAAGGGGACCUCUGGAGUACAGGUCUUUCACAGGGCGCUCAAGCUGCCCUGACUCUCCCUCAGGCUCCAGCCGGGGCCGUGGAGGUCUGUCUCCGCAGAGUGAGUCCAUCAUUGUCACCCUUAUGUCUUCUCAGGUAGCAGGGUGCGUUUCCAGGUGGGCCGUGUCUAUGGUCCACCUCACCCUCCCCAGAAAGUCUUUGAGAGAAAUCCAUUCCCAUCUUCCUCAGAGGUAGAAAGACACACCAGCUCAUCCAUAGGGUCCGCGUGGGUCCCAGGCCACAGGAGCUGGGGCCUGCAGCAGAAGCGCACCCGACCAUUCUUAGCUCCCACACCCCUUUACUCUGUGGCUCAGGCGUGGAAGCCAGGGAGGAAGCACUGGCGAUGGGCUCUUUCUGCGUUUCGUCUGCUGUGGAGGGCCUCCGGGGCGGCCGGUCUCAGCCCUGAUCCCAGUGCAGAGGGCGGCCUUUACUUCUCCUCUGGUCACUCGUGGAGGCCACCGGAACCUUGUUUGUCCCACUCGACUGGGUCUCUGAACCUGGUGUUUCUUUUCACCCAGUGACCAAUCUGAGAUCUUGGACUUAAAAGGAAAACCCCCCUCGUCUAGGAAGUUUAACUUCCUGGAGCCAGGCUGCACCUUCCGCAUGGUGUUUAGAAAACCAGCCUCCACAACCCCUUCCACUGUGGGCUGGGAGCUGGGGCAUGUGUUUUCGUUUCUUCCUGCUGUGCUCUCCAGUGUGGGCCAGGCCAGAGGAAAGCAGAAGACGUCUCCCAGUGCUCGCUUCAGAAUCCCUCCCCCCGGGCAGGCUGCCUAGAGGGCGCCCUGGUCAGGGCUCACCAGGGUCACAGCACAACUCUUGGAAUAGCAGGUUCUCGGGACAUUUACACGGGCUCGAGUCCCCUCAGUCUGGGUCACUGGAGACGUGAGCCGCCACACACGUUUGGCCGUGGUGUGGUGUGGAGAGAUCCUCGCAGCUGUGGCUUCACUACCUCACAGCUGCUUUCUCUUGUGUCCAGCUGGACUCGUCCUUUUGCUCUGCCCUGGAGAGUCAUGGUGGAAAUCUGUGGAACCCUUCACUGUUUGUGGUCCGCUGGGUCACCCGCCGAUGGGUGUAUUUAUUGGCUCAGGGCCAGGCAGUCUGUGGUAAAGAGGGGUCAGAGGUGAUGGGCAUACUUCGUCGUGCUCACCACUGGCUUUAUUUAAAGUGGUAGCUCCAAGACCCGGGCUCUGACCCCGAAAGACUUUUUAUACCGUGUUCAGACCAGGGGAACGCCGUGGCCCUUGGGGACCUGCACUCCCACCACUCGGGGGGACUUGACAAGGGUCCCUGAGGCCAAGGGAGGUCACCCCUCCCUCCGGGCCCCUGACUUUUACUUUGUGGUUCUAUAAAAACCAUGUUCACACUUUUCACCAUUGUAACCACAACAGGGCAGUUGCAUCCGGCAUGCCAGUGUCCUGCCCCGGGCAGCGCGCCCGCCCAGGCGCUCUGCUCCCUCUGGUCUGGCUACCCACCAAGAGGGCACUUCUCAUUUUGUUAUUGGUAGAAGAGCCUCUAGCUUUAAAGCUCUUCCAUUUUCUUUGGCCAGAAAGUGUAUGGUUUGUGUAUUUCUGUUUUCUUUUUAAAGGAUGGAGACUAAAUUUCUGAAUGGCGUCCAAGUUCCGGCCCCAGCGGGUGGGAUGAUGGCCCGAUGGCCCUCCUCUUGGUCCCACCGACUGCCUGCUCAGUGCCCUCCCCUCCUCACCCCCGGCAGAGGGUGUCUGCUUCUUUCCCAAAGUGCUUACUUGGAAAGAGUGUGGCCGCUGGCCUCUUCCAGAAGAGUCCCUUUGAGUCAGGAGCCUGGCAGGGACAGGGAGGAGGUGUCCGUGGAGGUUGCCAUGUUGGGGAAAGGAGUGCUCAGGGAAGCGUGUCUCCUUCCCAGGCCUAAGCCUCACGUCCUUGCAGGAGAGGGUUGGUGCCUG